UUCCUUCAAUCAUGAGUAACAUGCUGAAUCCAGAUGCUAUUUUUUCCAACAAUGAAAUGAGCCUGUCAGACAUAGAAAUUUAUGGGUUUGAUUAUGACUACACAUUGGUCUUUUAUUCCAAACAUCUGCACACGCUGAUCUUCAAUGCUGCUAGAGACCUUCUCAUCAAUGAGCAUCGGUAUCCUGGAGAAAUCAGGAAAUAUGAUUAUGAUCCCAAUUUUGCCAUCAGAGGACUUCACUACGAUGUGCACAGGGCAUUACUAAUGAAGAUCGAUGCUUUUCAUUAUAUUCAGCUGGGAACAGUUUACAGAGGCCUCAGUGUUGUCCCAGAUGAAGAAGUCAUUGCAAUGUAUGAUGGUUCCCAUGUUCCUUUAGAACAAAUGAGUGACUUUUAUGGAAAGAGCUCUCAAGGAAAUACAAUGAAGCAAUUCAUGGAUAUAUUUUCCUUGCCAGAAAUGACACUCCUUUCUUGUGUGAAUGAAUACUUUCUGAAAAACAACAUAGACUAUGAACCUGUUCACCUGUACAAAGAUGUCAAGGAUUCAAUCAGGGAUGUCCAUAUCAAAGGAAUAAUGUACAGAGCCAUUGAAGCAGAUAUUGAGAAAUACAUCUGCUACGCCGAGCAGACCCGCGCGGUGCUAGCAAAGCUGGCUGAUCACGGCAAGAAGAUGUUCCUCAUCACAAAUAGUCCCAGCAGCUUUGUGUGA